CACAAACCUGAUGGGCUAAUUAACAGUCUCGUGUGUCCAGAAACAACUUACACUCUCCAAGCAAACAGUAAUUAAUUGGGGAGCUGAACCCAUGACACCAGAGCUGUGAGUCAAUUAUCAACACACAAAUAUGGAGCUCUUUGGGACGCUGGUUCUGGCCACGAUCGUCUUGGCAAUGCUGUUCCUGUUAUUUCGGAUGGAUUCUUCUCGCAACGCUAAUAUGCCGCCCGGUCCGACGCCACUGCCUAUUGUUGGUAACCUGCUGCAGCUGAGCCCCCGGGUACUCCAAGAAAGUUUUAUGAAGCUGAAAGAUACGUAUGGACCUGUGAUGACGGUACACCUGGGUAGUAUGCGCGCGGUGGUUCUUGUCGGGUUCGAGGCGGUCCAUGAGGCGCUGGUGCAACAGGCCGACGUGUUUGCCGGGAGGGGGGUGUCGCCGCUGACUAUGAAGCUCACCGGUGACUUUGGUUUAAUACAAAGCAAUGGAGAGCGCUGGAAACAAAUCCGCCGUUUCUCUCUGUCCACCAUGCGAGAUUUCGGAAUGGGAAAACGCAGCAUUGAGGAAUGGAUCCAAGAGGAAGCUAAGCACCUCACCGAGGAAUUCAGAAAAACCAAAGGUUCUCCUUGUGAUCCCACCAUCUUUUUAAGUCGGGCAGUGUCCAAUGUCAUCUGCUCCAUUGUAUUUGGGCAGCGGUUUGACUACCAAGAUAAAAAGUUUAUCAACUUGGUGUCUCUGGUUAAUGAAAAUCUACGAUUAGUCGCCAGCCCCAUUGGAUUUCUGUAUGGCACAUUUCCAGUAUUCACGAAAUUAAUACCUGGACCUUUCAACAAGAUGUUAACGUGUUUGAAUGAACUGAAACAAUUUACGUCAGCCAUGAUUGCGAAGCACAAAGCAUCACUGGUCAGCGACAGCCCACGGGAUUUUAUAGAUAGCUUCCUCAUCAAAAUGAAACAGGAAGAUAAAAACCCAGCAACAGAGUUUCAUCAUGACAACUUAAAUAUUACGGUCCUAAAUCUUUUUUCGGCGGGGACAGAGACCACCAGUACCACACUAAGAUAUGGACUGCUGAUCCUCAUGAAAUAUCCUCACAUCCAAGAAAAGGUACAGAAGGAAAUUGACAUGGUGAUUGGACGAGACCGUGCCCCAGCCAUGGAGGACCGGAGAAAGAUGCCCUACACUGAUGCUGUGCUCCAUGAAAUUCAGAGGUUCAUUGAUCUUGUCCCUUUAAAUGGUUUUCAUAAGACAACAAAGGACACCAUCUUCAGGGGCUACACUAUCCCAGCGGAUACAGUGGUGAUCCCUGUGCUUUAUUCAGUGCUGUUUGACAAAACAAAGUGGGCAACCCCUCAUUCCUUCAACCCUGGUCACUUUUUGGAUGAAAAUGGCUGCUUCAAGAUGAACUCAGCUUUCAUGCCCUUUUCCACAGGGAAGCGCAUCUGUGCAGGUGAAGGUCUGGCUAAGAUGGAGCUCUUCUUGUUUUUCACAACCCUGCUGCAAAACUUCUCUUUUCGCUCCACAGAGGAUCCUGCUAAUAUCAGCCUGCUACCAGAUUCCAAGUCAUUUUUUAAAAGGCCUCUGCCAUAUACGUUUUUGGCCAUCCCACGAUAGGAACACAUUUUUAGCAUAGAGAUGCCUAAAAUACAAGAGGAGAUUAAAUAUAUCAGCAAGCAAACACAUGUUCUACUUAAACAAUACUCUAGAUUCUACCUGUUCUUCUUUUUAUUGUCUGUAAUACUACCUUGUAAAAGGUAGGUUAAUCUGUAAUCUGUUAAUCUCUUUUUCUUAAUAAAUAUACCUAACUGUAAAA